AUAUCUAGAAGAUGGACUUUUCUUGGAAUGUUCUUUUUCUUCUAGUCUUGGAAAUUUGAUCAGUUCAUAUUAUUUAUUUAGCCCUUUUUUUCUCCUGGAAUUUUUCAGUUCAAUCUCCUGGAAUUUUUUGGAUUCUUGUUUGUUAUUUACAGGGUUACUUUCCUCUGGACUUUGAGUUGUUUUAUUAUGUUUGAUUGUUGCUUCUGCACCAAACCAAACCUUACAAUCUGCAAUUUUUUAGUCUCAAAAUGAUGUAAUAAAAGGAUAUACACUUGGUUUACCUUUGUUAUAGUCAAAACUCAAAACCCAUAAUUUUCCAUUUCAAAAGUUCAUAUAUAUCUGUUCUUCUAUGGAAUUUUGCAGAUUAUUUUUGUUGAUUUGAUCCAUACUGGCUCAUCUUGAUUUUCCUUUUCUCUUGGGGUUUCAAAGGAAUUCAACUACGCCAGCUAUAUACUGCGUAUCUUGGUUUAUUGUUGUUCGGGGGAAGAUUUAGCCCCUGUUGACACAAGUAUAAGAGUCUGUCGUUGAUACUUGAUCCAAGACGGGAUAAAUCUUUGAAUGAUACAAGAACCUUCUUUUCCCUCCAUAACUGAGAAUUAAAAGUGAACCAUGUCUUUAGUCAGACCUGCUGCAUUAUUUGGAAAUCAUGAACUUAUUUCACUGAGGGACGACAAUGAUUCCUCUGGCUUAUCGACAUCUAUAUUUAACUCAGAUAAUCACGAAUUAAUUUAUACCACUGAAUCUUGCAGCAGUGAGAGCUACAAUCCAAAGUAUUUCCUCGACUCCCCAUCAGAAGAACUUGUACACACAUCUGACUCUGAUGUCCUGAGAAAUGCAUUUUACCCAUCACAUUCCUCCUCUUUCGUGGCUUCGGGACAUGAUACAUAUAAUUUCAAUUACGAAUCAGAAUACUUAAGCGGUCCAAGUCUGGAUGCUAUAGACUAUGAUGAAGAUAAGAUGAGGUUAAAAGUUCAAGAACUCGAGAGGGCACUUCUUGAUGACAACGCUUUCAAUGGUGAUGAUGAUGAUGCUUUUGCUACUGAUCGUAGUAUGGAAAUAGACGGUGAAUGGUCAGGCCAGACCCUUAACGGAGUGCUUCAUGAAUCACCCAAAGAAUCCUCGUCAUCAGAUUCGAUUCUUAGUAGCAUAAGCAGCAGUAAGGAAUUAUCAAUUGCUACAUUGCUAACUCCAAAGCGCUUACUUUUUGAAUGUGCUGCUGCCAUCCAAGGUGGGAAAUUUGAGGAAGCAUCAUUGAUGAUCAAUGAUCUCAGGCAGAAGGUCUCAAUCCAGGGAGAUCCGUCUGAAAGGAUUGCAGCCUAUAUGGUAGAAGCACUGACAGCCCGGCUUGCUACCUCUGGGAAGGGUCUUUAUAAAGCUCUAAAAUGCAAAGAACCCCCAUCUUCUCUUCGACUUUCUGCAAUGCAAGUCCUCUUUGAGGGUUGCCCGUGCUUCAGAUUUGGAUUCACGGCAGCAAAUGGUGCAAUUUUAGAGGCAUUUAAAGAUGAAAAGAGAGUGCAUAUCAUAGAUUUUGACAUUAACCAAGGAAGUCAGUAUUACACAUUGCUGCAAACAAUGGCUAAAAUUCCCGGUAGUCGACCACACGUUAGACUAACUGGAGUGGAUGACCCUGAAUCAGUUCAACGUUCUGUAGGAGGCCUAAGAGUCAUUGGGCGACGACUCGAGCAACUUGCAGAAGAUCUUCAGGUUUCAUUUGAGUUUCAAGCUGUGGCUGCUCAAACUGCUUUAGUUUCUCCAUCAAUGCUCAACUGCCAACCCGGUGAAGCUCUCAUCGUGAACUUUGCAUUCCAGCUUCACCACAUGCCGGACGAGAGUGUGUCGACAGUAAACCUACGGGAUCAGCUUCUCCGGAUGGUCAAAGGCUUGAAUCCAAAACUAGUUACUGUCGUUGAACAGGACGUGAAUACGAACACUACCCCAUUCUUACCAAGAUUUGCUGAAGCCUACAAUUACUACUCUGCUGUGUUUAAAUCUCUUGAUGCAACUCUCCCACGGAAUAGUGAGGACCGAAUGAAUGUAGAAAAACAUUGUCUGGCACGUGAUAUCGUUAACAUUGUUGCAUGUGAGGGGGAAGAAAGGAUAGAGAGGUACGAGGUUGCUGGAAAAUGGAGAGCAAGGAUGAGUAUGGCUGGUUUCACUUCUUGCCCAAUUAGUCAAAAUGUGAGCAUUGAAAUUCGGAAGGUCAUAAAGGAGUAUUCGGACAGAUUCAAGUUGAAAGAGGAGACGGGGGCACUCCACUUCGGAUGGGAAGACAAAAUCUUGAUAGUCACUUCUGCGUGGAGGUAAAGUACUCAUAAUUUGGUUGAACGAAGAAAGAGACUUGGUGCAGUAAGAUUGUUUUUGAGUCGUAUGUGACUUUUUAACUCUCUUUUUCAGGUAGUUAGAUUACAGACAAGUAAUGUACGAUCGAAUUUGAAACUUUAAAUUUUUAUGCUAAUGUACCCAGUUUAACAAUAUUUAGAUAUGUAACUGUAAACUUCUAUGCACGACUUUUUUAAGCGGAUAUAUGUACCUUAUAAUUGCUUGUCUUCUCUUC